AUGGCUAGGAAGCGCAAGUCUGGAGCUGACGCUGCAACCGACGUCCCGCGGGAUCUCAACGAGAUCCCGUACAUCGCGCGGAUCAACAAGCAAAUUGCAUCCGGUCGCAAGCCUGCAGGCCCGCUGCCUGAAGGUGUACCGUCUCCCGGAGCCACCUCGUACGAAGCGCCGCGUGACGUCCCCACGCGCGGCCGUCGUGACGCCGACAGGGUUGCGUCCUCACGCGUCGUCGACGAUACCCCGCUGGACGAUGAAGAGGAUGACGACAGCGACUACCACGACUUCGCCGUCGCCACCGAUGACGAGGCGGACUCAGGCGAGGAGCCGGACAAGGGUAUGUCCGAUUCGGAGGACGAGUCCGAGGACGAGGCUGAGGCGCCAGAGGAGACGCAGCCCUCCGCUCCCGCUACGCGUGCCAGUCGUGCCAAGUCCGCUGCCCCUGCUACCGCCGCGUCUAAGGGCGACGAGCCUCCACGCCGCGGCCCAAAGACCCGCACUCAGGUGCCUGUGAAACGCAGCGUUUGGUCUCCGCUCGAGAACACGAUCUUCGUCGCGGCCCGAUGGUUCAUGAAGGACGAACUGGAGCCACUGCUCGGGAAGCAGGGCUCGCAGUACUGGGCGCGCCUUGUGCACCAUCUCGAGAAGGAUAACCCGGGGUGGGUUCGCGGCGUCCACGCCGUGCAGAAACAGUGGCGCAACCUCGUGCAGUUCUACAAGCAGUUGAAGAAGGCGGAGAAGGCGUCGGGCAAGGGGACCGUGUGCAAGCCCCCGUGGUACCCGUACAUGGAGUUGUUCCUCAACAACCGGGCAGUUGCUAACCCGCAUGCCGUGGCUGCAGGAGGCGCGACGAACGUUAACGCGCCGUGUGGCUUCAACGUGCCCUCUACAUCGGCGCCUACGACGACUACUCCGACGUUCACUGCCACACCCCCGCAGUGCACCCCUCCGUCGAAGCGCCCGCGCGUGAUGGAGACGGCAACUAUGGCGGCCGCCAAGCUCGUCUGUGAGACGAUCAAGGACUGCCACCAGGACGCCAUGAGCAAGCUCGAAGGGCUUGUCCGCGCCUGGAUGGAGCAGGAUGAGCGUAUAGCACGUGAACAUCUCCAGCAGACGGCGCCUGCUCCGCCUGCUCCGCCUGCCCACGGAGAGGGUUUUCGUUAUGCCGAAGAAGUGGGAGAGGUCCACGUCUUCCCCCAGCAGAUUGUAUCGCUGCCGCCGCAGGCGUGCCCUCCUUGCACGCUCGGCAGUCCUGUUGGACCCCUGUGA